AUGCACGAUCUUUUGCAGCCUGCUGUGCUGGACGGAUUGCCGGCAGACAUCAAGGCUGCCGUCGACGCGGUCUGCUCGCCAAACGCCGCUCUCAGCGACUUCGACCCUAUUCUCGUUUUCCUGCAGUCGGAUGAGGAGGAGGAGCAAACGAAGUUACGCCUCCUCCCGGCACUUGCACGACUGCUGGAUCCCGCGCGCAUCACUGCUGAGCCGGACCCCGUCCAUGUCACGCUUGCAUGGGCGGCACUCCGCGUGCUGCCGCUCAUCGCGGGACGGGCCGCCGCCGCCGCCAAAGAGCUGUGGGCGCCGACUCUGCAGUGGCUCCUCUUCUUCUACGCGCUCCCCGAGUACAACGUACCAGCGGUCGAUAAAGUGCUGCUAGCGCUGUUCUUUGCGCUCAGCUUCCAUGCCGGCGACGGAGAUGAUGCGGUCGCGCAGAUGCUGUCCGUACCGGGCUCUAUCAAGGCCAUGUUCGCUGCAUGGGCGCGCGUCUUUGGGGAGCCUACAGCAGCAGGCUUUACUGAACGGGCAACAGACGACUCGGACCGCGACGAGGCUGCCCAGGCUAUGUUUGGUGUGCUCGUUGCCGAGGCGGUAUACACUCGAGAGGGCUUGCAGCAAGCCGUCGAGGGGGCGGGGGGGACACUGGAAAGCUUAGGGCAGGUGCUUUACCGCCAUCUCGACUUUGCGAGGUGUGAGCUCGCGGCCGCCGUUACUACCGCGGAGGAGGACGGCGAUGCCAAACUUGAGCUAAUCUCCGGCUGCGUCCACUCUGCGGCCCAGUUCCUGCGGCGCACAGAACCUCUGAUCCGCUUCCGACCGAUAAAACCAAACCCGCUGCUGGACGCGAUGCUGGAACGCGGCCUCGUUGCGCUGCUGUGCGACAUCAUGUACACAUACUCCACUGUGACCAGGUUGAAUUUCGACCCGAUGAUCAUGGAGGGCCUGGUGGAGCCCGCGUUCGACCUCAUCUCGUUCAUUGUAUCCUUCCCCCCGCACCAUCAUCACAUCCCGGAUGUCAUCCGCCAUCGGUUUCUCGAAGCAAUGGUCAACCUCGCACCAGCCGACUUCCAUAACGACACACCACAAAACACCUACCUUUUGAAGGGCUUCUUCAACAGCAUCCUUCCCGCUGCGCUAGUUCGCACGAAUGUUCUGGAGGCUUUGGGCGACGUAUUGCCCGGGCUCGAGGCCUCUGUCGCAACAGACGCGUUCAAGGGUACCCAGUUCUUUAAAAACUGUUGGGAGCCGUUCCACCGCGUCGCCGAGGCACGUCUGUCGCUCUUCCAACGCUAUCGUGCGGGCGAGUUCCCACCGCGAAAAAUGUGUGACAGUCUGAAGGAAUUCGCAUACUGCCGCCAUGUGGGUCCGGAGUCUGAGUUUAAGCGCUGCUCGGGCUGCCGCGUGGUCGUCUACUGCUCCGAAGCGUGUCAAAAGGUCGACUGGCGGGAGGGCGGCCAUAAAAAGGGCUGUGCCGCGCUGCGCCAGUACCGCCAACAUCACGACUCCCUCGACCUUACACCCGAGGAUAGGGACUUCCUGCGCGUGCUCAUGGAUGCGGACUACCAGGCGAGCGGCCUUCACGUAACGCCCAUGCGGCCCGGCGACACCACGGUGUUCAGGUAUGGCGAGAACCCCGGCCGGGUCGAGCGGAAUCGAGAGCCGCCGUGCAGCGGGGCGCAGCUGUUCGGCGCCGACGCGGCAGCGCGUGAGAUCCUGCGCCGGGUGGCGUACAGUGAGGGGACGGUCGCCCUGGAUGUGGCGGAGUUCUGGUCGGGCGUCGCGCCGUCGUAUGCGCUGAUGCUUCGGCGCACGCACUGGCCUGCAAAUGCGCAAGCGGCACAUGCUUUCCAUUGA